UAAUGGAUAAAUCAUUUGCAAAUAGUUCUCCAUUAAAUACUAGUAAGAGUAAAUAGAUGUAUACCUUUUCUAAAGCAAAACGUUGGAUUGAUGUAAAAGAUAAUCUGUAAUACAAUCAAUCUAUAUUAAUUUAUUAAGAUGUCCUCCUAUAUAUUAAUUACCAACUACUCUAAGUAAAAGAGCAGCAGGAAUUGGUUAUGGCAAAAAAAUAAAUCUUACUCAUGAAACAAUUACUCCUGCUCCUAAUUUCUAUUCACUCCAUAAAAAUUAAGAACAUGGAUGGACUAUGGGAUUAGGAAGAGAAGUAAAUUAAUACUAUUUAUAUAUUUUAUAGGAUGCAAAUAAAUAUGAGAGUAUAUUCUUAGGAUUAGUAUAAAAUACUCCUGGACCUGGAACUUACAAAUUCAAAGAUUCUAUUUCUCCUGUUCGUUACACUAUGAGAUAGAGAUUAACAAGUCGAAAAGAUCAAGAUCCAAAACCUGGACCGUAUGGGUAAUCAUUUAUUUUAGAGGUCAUUAUAAUUUACCAAGCAGUAUUAAUAGCAAAGGGAUAUAUCCUCUUAGUCAAUAUAGAAAGUAUUAUGUCAAUUAUUCAUUAUUUAAAGUUCCGGAGCUAUUGUAUUGGUACCUCCAAGAACUCAUUCAGAGAGAAAAGUGAAGGAUAAUACACCUGGUCCUGGUUCUUAUAAAUAGAUUGGUAACAUUAAUCCUUUAGGAACAUACUUUUGCUCAAAGUUUGGUGCAAGUAAAUGCAACAAAUUUCCAAGAGCAUAACGUUCUAUGUCUGAUCAUCAUAAUAGUUCUCCAGGACCUGGAACAUAUAAAUUACCUUCUGAUUUUGGGUUUUGAU